UCUUCCCGCUUGGAUUCGCGGAGGUCGGGGGGACCUCUUUGACUUUGGGCGUACAUAAGUAGAUCCCGCGUUUGUCGAACGAUGUCGACCGGAGUUCGCGGCUUCGACUUAAAAAGCCCCUUCAUCUUACCGGAAGAGGAUCCGUCGUUAGAAGCGGCAGCGGAGUUGGCGGAGGGAUCAGGUACAGGUAGCGCAGCGGCAGGGGGCGAGAGCCUUAGUGAGGCUGGUGCGGCUCUGCGCGCCGCACCACCUGGUUUGGACAAACAGAUUCCUAUCCUUCCUCUCCUAAAUCUGCCUCCUGUUAGGGUUUUCAGCCUUCCCUUCCUCCUCUACUCCGUCUCUUCGUCGGUUGCUCUACGGCAGCAGUCGGUCGUUACUGCCGCUGUUUUAUCUCAUCUACUUCUUUACUCUUCCCUGCACAAUUUACCUGGCUUUUUCAGUAACAGUGAUACUACUUCCUUUUUAACUUUUGAAAAUGUCUUUCUAGUAGAGGGUGCACUUUUUUUUAAGGCAAAAUCAUAAGUUAAGUCUCUGAACUAAUUUCAGAAUCGCUAUUAAGCCCUCAGACUUUAAUUGAUGCAUAUAAACCCUUGAACUCUACAAUAGAAGCAAUUUAGCCCUUACUAGUACAGUAACUUAACUGCAGUUAACUGUUGUUAACUGCCAUUUGGGGACUGCCUUGUGUGGCCAAAUAUAGUCAUCUCAUGCCU